CGUUGAAGUUGCACAAGAUGAAGGCAAAAAAGUGGUCAUCGAAGAUAUUAUGAAUAAAAUUGGAAAAAUACUGACUAUAAUAUCAAAAGCACCAAAUGAGGAGAAACCGAAAAUAUUGUUACAAUUAGAGCAAAAAUUAAAACUAGCAGCGACUCAAUCUUUCGGAGAAGAUGGAAGGAAAUAUGUGGAUAUAAUAAUGGAAGGAAUCAAAACAAAGGCUCUUUCAGCAAUGAAUAGCAAAAAUGAAGGAAGCUUCCGGGAAACAUCAGAAGACUCGAUUGACAGCGAAGAACGUAUUGUAAGAGAGCACUUGGCUCAAAGGGUGACAGAUAAAAUUGAUUCUUUCGCCAAACACUACUUAAACCAACUGCAUACAAUUGAUGAAAAACGUUCCUUUUUAGAAAAUGUUCGAAAAAGAAUGUUAGAAGUCGCUCGGGUAAAAAAGAUAGCUUUAAGAACGGCUGACAAUAUUGAUUAUAACGAAAUCAUUUCAAAUAGCAUAAAUGAAAUUUUGAAACGACAUAUUUAUCAAAAUUCAAGAAGAACAAUGAGUAAUGCAGAGUACAAUGAGACGGUAAAACAAAAUGUUAGUAAAUAUUGGGUAGAAUAUAGUGGCAAAAAUAAAGCAGAUUUAGAUCAGUUGGAUACAGACUGCGUUGUUACUAUUGCGAUGAUUUGUUCCGAAGUAAAUUAUUUAAAUAAAAUUACUUGUCCUGAUAAAGAGAAAACAUUUGAAGUUGAUAAUAUUUGUGAUGGAAUCGUCGACUGCUCGGAUAGAUCUGAUGAAAAUCAUUGUCGAGAACAAGCAAGUAAAAAGUUAGAUUACGCUCUAAACUCUUUGUUUGAAAUGAAUAGAUCUUACGAGCUAAAUUGUGUUUUGGGUAAAUCAAAUGAUUCUAUUAUUCAACAAAAGAUAAUUCGGGAUUGGAUAAAAGGGCAAAUCGAUGUAGUAAAGGACUAUAAAGGUAGUUUUCAAGAGAGUAACGUAACUCAAAGCAGUGAAGGAGUUGUAAAAAAAGUUUCAGAAGCUUUAAACAAAGUGAUGUUAAAUCUGGGUAAAGGUGUUUGUUUGAAACAAGAAAAAUCAACCGCACUAGUUGAUAAUUCUCGUAGAUUCAAUCGUAUCUUAGACGAGGAUCUAGAAGAUGUUUUAAGGGAAAGCGCUCUCUAUCCGAAAUCAUGUACUUGCGAAAAAGACCGUUGCAUUUCUCGCACUUGUGUCAAGUCUUGCCAUGAGGCCUGCAUGCAGAAGUAUGAUUUGAGUCGUUGGAGUUGUCCAGGUGUCAAUGGGUCAACGAGCGUUCAUCUAGAUACAAUAUGUGAUGGUAAACUUGAUUGUUAUGACGAGUCCGAUGAAAAUUCAUGUAGUACAGGUAAAGGAAGAGGCAAAUUCGAGGCGAAUGUUGGAUUUCAACAAAUCAUUAAAUUACUAGAAAUGAAAAUGGCUUCUAGAGAAAAUGCGCACGUGAGGAAUGAUUUACUUCGUUUGUACAACACCAUUUACAAGCUGCAGCAUUUGCUAAUGGAACCAAAAUUCAAGAUUGAUGAACUUAGAAUUUUAAGAAAUAAAUGUUUCGAUUUAUUAAGUCUCGUUUAUGAAAAUUACAUCAAAAAUACAUACAAUGCAAAUCACGUCGAUGAAAUGUACAAGUUUUUGAAAUCGGUCAACGAAGUAAUUGUUAAAAUUUUAAAACAUUCGAAUACAGGGAAUAAUAAAAUAAUUUCUUCGUACGGCUGUAUUUGUAAGAAUAGUAAAUGUAUAAGGACAUACUGUUCUCCGGAAUGCGCUAGAGCUUGUGAAGUUGAAAAGAAAUUGAGUAGAUACAACUGCAGAGGUAACAAAAACCAGUCAAUACCUGUUGAAGCAGUUUGUGAUGGUAAAAAAGAUUGUUCUGAUGGUGAUGAUGAAGAUACGUGUACCGGGGAUAUUUGUCGCCGUCACCAUUUCUACUACCUUCGUAUGAAUAUAAAGGACGUAGGAAAGAAACACGAAGGUACCACGUUAGGGGAAAUGCUAAAGUUUUGGAGAACGAAGGCCACAUCAAUGCUUCUUCUAGCAGAGAAAUUGGGAAGACCAAGCGUGCAGUUCUAUCAAAAAUUAAUCAAAGACAUGUUAAAAGAUUUGGUUCACGUCUAUGCGGCAUUCGACGUUCAUAAAAAGAAGACCACAAGACCUGCAUUCGGAGACUUCUCCAAAGUAUCACAAAUAAUUAUCAAUGCUAAGAAAUAUUGUUCAAAGUGAAUAAAGACCUGCAUUUAUUAGAGCUUUUUUUGUGUUA